AUGUCUUCCGAUCCAUACUUAAACAUUGUGAAACACAGAACUCGAUACAACCCUUGUAUCGGUGGUCUCGACGUAUUCCUACAACAGAAGCCAGUCCGUGCAAGCAGGAUAAUCUCCAUCGAUUGUCCAAACCAUGGCCAACGUACAUCUCAGUCCCGAGCUGUGGCGGUUCAAGAAGAUGAUAUGGUCACAACCCUGAAAACCAUUCCGUCAAACAUUAUGAGAAUUGUUUUGAUUGAGGAUAUCAACUCUCGACUUAUGAGUCUUGUAGGGAACACCCUCGACAUUGAUCCUCUAUUCUUUGCAGACUAUGUCAAUACUAGUUUCAAAGAAUUUGAGGUCUCACCACCACCACCUUCCAUUGCAAUCUUGCCAUCGUUGUUAUCAGAAAGUGGCUAUCUUCAUCUACAUUACCAACAAAUAGUUGACCUAGGCGAUGCCUCAUUAUUUCGGAACACUCCAUAUGCUUCGAAGACCCAUACCAAUAUCACGCGGAAUGUCCGACGAUUGCCACCUCUUUCAGGCAAACAAUUGGCUCUUGUUCGGUCUGCUUGCUCGUUGCUGGUCAAGAAAGUUGGUGCUGCUUCUGUUUGCCUCGUUCUGGUUGAUAGUCCUGCGCAUACCGCGGUCAAUACUUCAAGACCACAAAGCGCAACUGUUUUGCAUGGAGGGUUUGAAGAUGUAGCAACAUCCCGUGUCUCACUGCAGACCUCAGGAGGACAUGAUGUAUGGAAGAGGGACUCGAUGCUUCAGAGCCUAGUACACUACCUGCAACACACGAGACCCCUUAGGGACACAACUACACCCAUAAGUAUGCUAGACUUGGUAUACUACCCGAUCCGUAUUACUCUAGCCCACUGGAACUCCUACAUCCAUCUUAUCAGCCGUUACUCAAAACACUACGAAUAUUCCCUCCAGGAUAUCUCAACUCGACUCUAUAGCAGUGACAUCACCGAUUUGCAGAGAUGGAGGAGAAGAAUUAGACAGAGCAGGCAUAAACUUACUCUUCUUACUGAGUUCUUCGCGACAUCUAUGGUACAACUACUCGACUCGAGACAAUCGAUCGUUGAAGCCGUCAGUGUUCGGCGACUAACCUAUCUUGCGCUCACCUUUGCGCCAUUAGCUUGGGUUGCAAGUCUUUUCAGCAUGUCCGAGCCUUACCUGCCGGGGCACAACGGAUUCUGGGUUUAUUUCGCAACUGCAAUUCCUUUGCUUUGUGUGGUAUUCCUUCUGUCAACGUUCAAGUAUGAUCAUAUGUGUCAAAGAUUGGCAGAUUACUGGAAACGCAUCAUGAAUCGUUAUCGGGCUAAGCGGAAUAGGCAACAGGAUAAUGCGUUGAAACCAUGA